AUUAUUUUUUGUAAUGCCAACAUAUUUGACCAGCGAGCAGCUCGAAGAACUGCGAGAUGUAUUUGAAAAGUUCGAUGCAAAUAACGAUGGCUUUAUAUCCCACAAGGAGCUGCGUCUAAUGCUGCGUACGGUGGGCAUGGAGCCAACAGAAGCGGAACUCUAUGAUCUCAUACGAGUUGUGGAUUUAGAUUCCAACUCAAUGAUCAGUUUUAAUGAAUAUCUGCAAUUUAUGGCUCAUCGAUUGCGUGAUAUCGAGAGCGAAGAGAAUCUCCGGCUUGCCUUUGAGGCCUUCAAUCGCACUGGCUACGGAUUCUUUGACGCUCACGAUCUUCGCAUUGUGAUGGGCAAUUUCGGAGAAUUAUUGACAGAACAAGAUUCCGCCAUUUUGUUGAGCGAUAUGGAUAUUAAAAAUGAGCAGCGUAUUCAUCUUCAUGAAUUUCUGGCCUAUAUGGGAAGUAGCGGAUCCGGCAAAGUUUCUCCAUAAAUAACCCAAAAAAAAAACGACUAUAAAUGGGAAAAACAAAUUUCCAUGUUGCAAUAAAAAUUAAGAUUUGUUGCAUUGCAAAUACGAGUUGAGAAGGAAA